AUGCGGGGGUGCCGCCGUGGUGCUGGGAGCGGGAGUAGAAGCAGCAGCGGGAGCAGCAGUUGUGGCGCAUGCGGCGGACGCGGCGCGCGGGCAUGGGGUCGCGAGCUGCCCUCGUCUUCCCGCGCUGAGGGGCGCGCCCGCCGGCAGGGACAGCGGAUCCGAGCCUAGCGCGGCGGCCAGCGUAGCCGUGGGAGCCGGCCUCUGCUUGUGGCAGCCUGCUGUCACCUUCCCGUCUGGCAAUGGGGAAUGGACUCUCGGACCAGACGCCGAUCCUCUCCAGCCUGCCUUCGUUCCAGAGUUUCCAUAUCGUCAUCUUGGGACUUGACUCCGCUGGGAAGACGACAGUGCUCUACAGACUGCAGUUCAAUGAGUUCGUCAACACUGUCCCCACGAAAGGAUUUAACACGGAGAAAAUCAAAGUGACGCUGGGCAACUCGAAAACGGUCACUUUCCACUUCUGGGAUGUAGGCGGGCAGGAGAAGCUGAGGCCGCUGUGGAAAUCAUACACGAGGUGCACCGAUGGCAUUGUGUUUGUGGUGGACUCCGUCGAUGUUGAGAGAAUGGAGGAAGCUAAAACAGAACUUCAUAAGAUCACUAGGAUAUCCGAAAAUCAAGGAGUGCCUGUCCUUAUCAUUGCUAACAAGCAGGACUUGAGGAACUCUCUCUCCCUUUCUGAAAUCGAGAAGAUGUUAGCGAUGAGCGAGCUGAGUUCUUCAACACCCUGGCAUUUGCAGCCUACCUGUGCAAUCAUUGGAGAUGGACUCAAAGAGGGACUGGAGAAGCUACAUGACAUGAUAAUUAAGCGAAGGAAAAUGCUGAGGCAACAGAAAAAGAAGAGAUGAGUUCUAUUUUGACCUUUCUAUUUUAGAGUAGUAACCUGGUCAAAAUUUGACAUGAGACAGCUUCCAAACCCAGGCCUGCUUGUUUGGAUGCCGUUAAGCUUAGUUACAUUAAACAAUCAGUUGCACAGCCUCGCCGUGUGGAAGGCUGUGCAGUCAUGGAACUUUUGUUGGUUUGGGUUUUCUUUCGUUUUGUGUUUUUUACACUAGUCUCUUCUGAGUUUUAUGGCUCUGCAUUAUUUCAGAAGCCCUAAUAGAUGAUGUAAUACUAUCAGGAAAUGGAUGGGUGGGUAUAUGUGACAUGGAUGUCUAAAUAGCCAAAUAAAAUGAGGGUUUUCUGCUUAGUGUUGUAUUCAUGUUUGAGGGUGCCCUCUGCAAGCAAUUUGCAUUGAAGGUGUUCUGUGUUUUUAAACUUCUAAUGCUCGUAAGUGGAGUGUUUAGGUGAACAUUAUACAGCUUUAAAAACAUGUAUGAAGCUAGUAAGCCAUUCUUUCGAGAGGCUGUUUUUUACCUUGUUUGGGGAUUUCUAUGACAGCUUGGCUACAUGUGUAGGGUUGUGUUUUGAUUUUUUUUUUUUAAUUUUUUUUUUUUUAAUUUGGCACUUCUUGAGAUUGAAUCAUGUUCAGUUCAAAUACUUGAAAUUUAAGUGCUGUGGAUUCUUCAACUGACAAAAGAAAGACUUUCUGACAAGUAAAAAAUGUAAACAACAUGCAAGAGCAUGACAAAGUGGUUCCCCAACAUAUAGCAUGUUUUUGGUAUGUAAGGUCUCUAUUUUUUAGAAGUAGCCAUUCUUCAUUAUACAGUGCUAAUCAGGUUUAAACUGUUACUCAAAAUUAGUAAUAUAUUUCUGAAUGAUGAGUAUUAUGUCCUCCUAUCAAGUUAAAAGUAAAUUAAUUGCAGUAAAGGAGUUAUAAAGAACAACUCUGGCUGUUGUGGUUCUAACCAGCACAGCAUUCUUUGCUCUACUAGUGACUUUUCUGGCAAUGGAAUAAAAUUAUAAUGAAGUAAAGAUGAAGUUAAAAUUAGCAGAGCACAUCUUGUAUUUCCCUGAAAUACCCCAUUUGAUUAAAGUGGUAAUUGCUAUGUCACUUUCAACGUAUGCUUUUUUUAUCGUGACUCUUAAAGUAUUUUGUGGUUAGGAAUGUAAUAAUGCUUUAUACACUCAAACAUUUGACACUACCGGGGGUGGGGGGAGGGAGGGAAUGGGGGAAGAAGAUUUUCAAGAUAGGCCUGUGUUCUGCUUUAAUUAUGCUUUAAGCUGUUCUUGUUUACAGAGUGUGCAAACAGUGUUAACUGGGCAGGAUAGUGCUUGAUGGAAAAGGGAGGGUAGUUUUUCUUACUGGUACAGAGCUCUUUAGAUACUUGGCUAGCAAUUAAAAGGGCUAAAACAGAGCCUGGAUUUUUAAGACUAACUUUAGUGGUGCUGUAAAAAUUCAUCAGAAUGUUAGAUUCUCUUUAAACUUUUGUUGAAAAUACCAGAUGGAGAAAAAAAAAAAUAAUAGUAAAAACAAAAAAGCAAAAUCUACUUCCUCCUCUUACUCAACCAGCAAAGUAAUAUGUUUUUCUUACCUGCUGCCGUGUAUCAGGAGGAUGACAGCUACAACCCUGAAUGUCAAUCAGUGUAACUUAGAUACGUUUUAAAAUAAAAAUCAAACUUUUUAACCAGCAGCUGUUGGUCCAGGAGGUAACCAAAAAUGCACUUUAGUGUCUUCAAUAACUGAAAGUGACAGCUGUUUUUGUUUUGGGGUUUUGGGUUGGGUUUUUUUUGUUUUGGUUGGUUUGUUUUUUUUUUUUAAUUUUAUGACAUCUUGGUCCUUUUUGAAUAAACUGAAGUAGCUUCCAGUGGAGCUUUUGUAUGUUGGUUAUAUAUGUACCUGCACUGGUGACAUUGUAAGUCACUUACUCAAGUAAUGUCUAUAUUUAUAGAAAUGUGGAUGACUUCUUAAACCUCAAUAAACAAUUCAAAACAA